AUGGACGCGCGACCACAGCGUCCGGUUCGACCUCUUCGUCUGCCAGGCGAUGAAAACACCGCUCCGACAGCCAACCAAACGCUGCAUCAACGCCAUAAGUCUUCCGGCACACUUUCCAAUAUGGCGACAAUGGGUGGACUCAAGGCUGCCGCGAAGAGAACCGCGUUCGGUGAUGUGAGCAAUACCGCAAAGUCCUUAUCAAUUCGUGAUGACACUGCUCUUGCGUGUCAAUCACUCAAGGCCGACAUUGUCAAGCCACUUGCACUUCCUGAGAAGCCAGUUGCCCGAGUCCGUCCAGCUCAGAGACCCCUGGGUGCUGCACCACUGAAGGGACCUCUGGAUAUCCAGCCUUCGGCGCCUCAUCAAUCAGCUUUGGUACCUGCCUCAAAAGCUCCUCUUCCAGACUCGCAGCCACAGUCACUUUACCUACCUGCGACAAAACGCACACAGAGCAAGAAUAGUACUACGAUCUAUAAAGAUGAUAGCGCUGAGAACGACGUACAAUCUCGCUCAGCUAGCAUCUCAAUUGCCGAUCACCCUUCGGUAUCCACCGCUCCUAUUCGCCAAACGCUUGAGCCUCGCCAUCACAAGAGCCAGCCUCAAUUGAAAACUGAGCAACCCGUCUUGCGCAGAACCCAAAGCAAGUACCAGGAAAAGCCAUCCGAUAUCUUGGAAAGCAUUAUCCCAGCCGACCCAAUCUACGAAGAUGCACGAGAGGAACAAGGAAUGACUUCUAACGAAGCAUACGAGACUUACCUAAGAAUGGUUGAGCAGAGAGCAGAGGAGGAGCCGGUCAAGCCAGCUUCCAAAUGCACCGACGAUGCUGUCGAUAGACUGCAGAGACAACUCCCGGCGGCCCCGCAAAUUUCCGAACCUGAGGAAUACUGGGAGGAUGAAGAUGAAGAGAUCUACGAUGAGCAAGGCUACGCAACCGCCCAUUCUUACAAAUCCCGUGGUGACAAUACUACCGGUGGUGCUACUACUGUUCUCUUCCCAAAGGUCACGAACAAGUCCAAGAAGGAAAUUGCUGUCGCCAAGGAGAUCGUUGAAAGUGCCCGAACCAUCGAGGAGAUAGAAGAUGAGGCAUGGGAUACUAGCAUGGUGGCUGAAUAUGGCGACGAGAUUUUUGCUUACAUGCGUGAACUUGAGAUGAGGAUGCUACCUAAUGCACAUUAUAUGGACAACCAGGCCGAGAUCCAAUGGUCAAUGCGGUCUGUUUUGAUGGAUUGGUUGAUCCAAGUUCACCAUCGAUUUUCCUUGCUGCCAGAAACAUUGUUCCUCUGCGUCAACUACAUCGAUCGAUUUUUAUCUUGCAAAAUCGUCUCCCUUGGCAAGCUUCAGUUGGUCGGCGCCACCGCUAUCUUCGUUGCCGCAAAGUAUGAGGAAAUCAAUUGUCCCUCCGUUAACGAAAUCGUGUACAUGGUCGAUAAGGGCUAUACCGUCGAUGAGAUUCUGAAGGCGGAGCGGUUCAUGUUGAGCAUGUUGCAGUUCGAGCUCGGCUGGCCUGGACCUAUGAGCUUCCUCCGACGCAUCAGCAAAGCUGACGAUUAUGAUCUUGAGACCAGAACAUUGGCCAAAUAUUUUCUGGAAGUGACUAUCAUGGAUGAACGAUUCGUUGGUAGCCCACCUAGCUAUAUCGCCGCCGGUGCUCAUUGCUUCGCUCGUUUCAUGCUGAAGAAGGGUGACUGGUCGUCGGCUCACGUCUAUUAUUCCGGAUACACUUGGACGCAACUGCGGCCCUUGAUAUCCAUGAUGCUAGAAUGCUGCGAGAACCCCCAAAAGCACCAUGGAGCUGUGUUCGAUAAAUACUCAGACCGCCGAUAUAAGCGUGCAUCCCUCUAUGUUCAAGGAGAGAUGGCCCGGGGCUUCGUUCUGCCUUCAAUUCAGCUUCCUCAUGCUCGACCCUCGCUUCCGUCCCUCGAAGACGUUGCAGCUCGCAUGCCAUUCGAAACUCAUGAGCCUUUCAAACGUGUGGUUCAAGUCAAGGCUUAG